AUGGAGAUACAACAAGAUGAGCAUUCCAUACCAAGCCCAAUGGACAUGUCCUCUGACUCUUUCUCCUCUAGACGAUCUUCGCGCAACUUUGGUUGGUCUAACGGUGGCCGCAAUAGAUACAGUAAAACAAGUACCAUAGAUGACGACUCCGAUGUGGCCACUGACGUGAGUGUGCCCCCUACUCCUUCCAGUCAUCAUCGUCUUUCCGCCACCGACUCUUAUUACAAUGGUUACAUGGAUCCCAAGCGGAAAGAGAUGGAUCGACUCGGUGCCGCUCUGGAAUACUUGGCCGCCUACGAUGAAAAUGCCCCCAAACAGGAUUUGGAAGAACUGCUGCGCCAAUACGACCGAGUGGGUGACAGCAACGGUACGCCCUCCACCAAGGGGAAACGAUACAGUGAUCUCGUCGAUCCUCUGAGCCGACCCGCAGUGGAGGCCCCAGCUGUCGAUGAGCCCACGGUCAUCUUGGAUUGUCAUGGUUUUCCCGCGGCAUUCAAGACCCAUCACCUUCACGACAUAUUUAGAGACUAUGAACAUAUGCGUGGCGGUUAUCGAAUCAAAUGGGUCGAUGAUACGCGUGCCCUGAUUAUUUUUGAACAUCCCGCCACCGCCAAGAAAGCUUACAUCGAUAAUGUAUCGAACCCUUUGGCGAAAAUACGACCCUACGCUGGCCCCACUGAUUUUUUGAAAUCCUCUGGAGGAGGAAAUUUUCAGCAGCAAGGUUCUCGUCGUUCUUUCGGGAACGACAUGGCUGCAAAACGUUUUUCUCAAGGCUCUUAUGGCGGCAUGAAGCCCGUUUUACAGAAACUCGGAGAAUGUUAA